AUGGCGACAUCACUGGUUGGACAGCGGCCGGCACUGUCCCAGGUGCUUCCGCCCCUGAUCCUCGGGACUGCCACCUUCAAUACGCAGUAUCAUCCCGAUCCAACGCGCAUGCCCUAUACCGACAUCGUCCGCCGAGCUCUCGAGCACAACAUCGCCGCGUUCGACACAUCGCCCUACUAUGGGCCCUCCGAGACACUCCUGGGCGAUGCCCUGCGCACACUGACGCCGCCGCCCCGGCGAGAAGAGUACUUUCUCAUCACCAAGGCCGGUCGCAUCGCCAGCAGCGAGUUCGACUACUCCCCCGCAUGGAUCCGAUACAGCGUGUGCCGUAGCCUGGAGCGCCUGGGCACGCCGUACCUCGACCUCGUUUACGCCCACGACGUCGAGUUUGCCUCGCCGCAGGACGUUCUCGCCGCGGUGCUGGAGCUGCGCAGCCUUCGAGAUCAAGGACUCGUGCGCUACGUCGGCAUCAGCGGCUACCCCGUUGAGGUGCUCGCCUCCUUGGCCGAGAUGGUGCUGGAGCAGACGGGCGAGCCUCUGGAUGCGGUGCUCUCGUACAGCAACUUUUGCAUCCAGAACGGCACCCUCGGCCGGCCCGACUACCUGGAGCGGUUCCGCGCUGCGGGUGUCGAGUGCGUACUCAAUGCGAGCAUGCUGAGCAUGGGACUGCUGACGACGCGCGGCGUCGACAACGGCCCCCAGGCGAGCUGGCACCCGGCACCACCAGGGUUGCGCAGGGCUUGCAGCGACCUGGCCAAGCUGGCGACACAGCGCGGCGAGCACCUCGAGGAGGUUGCGAUUCGAUGGGCACUGGAGAACUGGGCACGGAUCGGUGCUCCCCUCGGCACAGUCGCUUACCCAGCAGGCAUCCUGGCGGAGUUGGGUGUCGGCCGAGAUGGUGCGGCGCUUCUGCCCCCACGCAUCGGCGUGAGCGUCAUGGGCGUCGCCGCCGUGGAGGAGCUCGAGGAGACGUGGCAGCUGUGGAAGAGCGUUGUCGGGCUGGCAAGCCGAGGCGACGCGGCGGCGACGGCGGCGGCGGCAAGGAAGGACCAGAUUGCGGUGAUUGUACGAGACGAGAUGUGGCCCGCGCUCGGUGAAUGGAGGGACUUUGCAUGGGGGAGUGGUGGCGAGAGCUUCGUCAACGAGAGGGACGUCAGCCUCAAGGGUGUGGUUCCGCGGGAUGGCAUCGCCGAGCGAUGGGGACUCGUGGCACCCAAGAAGGUGCUCGACAGCGCAAAGAUAUGA